UUGAACAACUAUGCUGCUGAAUUGUCUUGUUUCUUGUGAAAAUUGAUAACCUGACGGACAAAGAAUCGUUGACGAUCGACAAAGAAGUAAUGAAUUUCUAGCCAUAAUCGAAAUGUUUUCACGUGACGAUAGCAAUCGCGAAGAAACUGGAACGAUAACGGGAUAUCGGUAGCAUUGGAAAUUCUGAUUCGACUGUUACUAGUUAGCCUUCUUCCUUGCUUAAAAAACAUUAACGUUUAAAUUAUAUUCAAGGUGGAACGAAUUUCGACUAAAUAAUCGAGUAUAGUAGAUAAUCCGUGAAUAUUUUAUGAAAAUGUAACACGGUGUGUUUUCUGCUAAACGAUAAGAUAAAGAGCAAAGGGGGAAACGAUACUGAUAACAAAUACGAAAUAUUAUGAGUUACCAAUUGCUCCGUUCGUUACGCAGUGAAAUUCUUAAAUUCGACGAAAAGUAGGUCACAAAACUCGCGGUAAAAUCAAACGGAAUUAACGCGAACCGAGCAUUGCAAAGCAAUUUCCUUGGCCAACUCGACAGAAAGAGAAAUUCGCAAGUGAUAUUUAUGAUUUUUGCUAACAUUAACACCGUCCGAAUAAACUCGUUUCUCCUGCAUAAUAAAAUGUAUCGCAGAUAUACGGUAGAUAAACAAAUUACGUAACGCUUUCUAUAUUUUAUUGGUACUCGAGUUUUCGAAAGGUUUUUCUUUUUUCCCCUCGGAAUACGAGCUAGAAAUGAAUUAUUUCUCCUUACGUAAACGAGAAAAAGAAAGCGCGCGCGUUUAAAAGUACCGCGUGGAAAUGAUACAUCACGCGAUCGUCAGCUGAUCGUGAUCGAUGUUGUUCGUUUUCGAUCGAACUUUACACCAAGUUUGAACCGUGUCAAAAGUCAACGGAAGUUAAAAAGUAGAGGUUGUAAAAAAAUUGUUUUCAAUAUUCUUUAGUGACGAACAUGUGCGGGUAUUUGUCGAGAGUUCGUUUGCAUCGAACACGUGUUGCAUCGCAGCUGUAACACACAGUUACGUACACAGAAACGUAAAGGAACAUUAAGGAAUGCGUAAUAACGUGGACGAAUGCACGGGAGGCUGUUGAGAGAAUUCAAAGAGGGAGAAUGAUUAAGGGAGAAUGGAAAUGGUGAGAGAAAAGCCACGACGACGAAGCGUGAGCGAAAUGCUCGACUGGCGAUGCAUCGUCAGGAAUAAAGGAAACGCUGCUAUUGACGAUACCUGCACGGAUGUGCCUUUCCUCGAGGAUUACGACACCGAUCCGGAAAUGCGUCGCCGGAAACGUUCCGGCACUUGGCCGCGAACAAGAAGUUUGAACGCACCUAGUCCAAUACAACAAUUCGGGCCAUGCGGGCGCAUCAUGAAAAAUUCCGCGAUGGUCAUGACCAUACAGGACCCAGCCUCUCAGAGGUUGACGUGGUACAAGCCGCCGCUCACUGUUCUCGUCAUCAAGAAGGUCCGUGAUUCGUCGGUUUUACCACCGUUUGUUCAAUUAGUCACAUGGCUAAUAGAAGAAAAACGGAUGGUAGUGUUUGUCGAAGCAUCGGUCCUAGAGGAUCCAGCUCUAGCUAGGGACCCCAGAUUCCAAGGGGUUCGAGACAGGUUGCAGACUUUCAGGGAUGGAAUGGACGAUCUUCAGGAUCGCAUUGACUUCAUCGUCUGUCUGGGAGGCGAUGGAACUCUUCUCUACGCGAGUUUAUUGUUUCAACAAUCGGUACCGCCUGUUAUGGCCUUUCAUCUUGGUUCCUUAGGGUUCCUAACGCCCUUCGAGUUCGACAAUUUCCAGGAGCAAGUGACGAACGUGUUAGAAGGUCACGCGGCCUUGACCCUGAGAAGUCGACUAAGAUGUAUCAUCAUGAGGAAAGGGGAGGAGAACAAAGAGGCGAAACCGCCAACAAAUCUACUGGUGCUGAACGAGGUCGUGGUCGAUCGAGGCCCGUCUCCGUACCUCUCGAAUAUCGACCUCUUCAUCGACGGGAAACACGUGACCAGCGUACAGGGUGAUGGCCUGAUCGUGAGCACGCCGACAGGGUCCACCGCAUACGCGGUCGCGGCUGGAGCUAGCAUGAUUCAUCCUUCGGUACCUGCCAUCAUGAUCACGCCGAUCUGCCCUCACUCUUUGUCCUUCAGGCCAAUUGUCGUGCCCGCCGGCGUCGAACUGAAGAUAAUGGCAAACAGCAACGCCCGCAGCACAGCUUACGUCUCCUUCGACGGUCGCAAUCAGCAAGAGCUACGGGUCGGGGAUAGCUUAAGGGUGACUACCUCGAUAUACCCGGUACCCAGUAUUUGCGCGGCAGACCAAAUCACAGAUUGGUUCGACUCUCUAGCCGAGUGUUUGCAUUGGAACGUUCGCAAGAAGCAGAAACACCUGGACGAAUUGAGCGAUCUGACCCAUUCGUCCAGCAACGACACACUGGACUCUUUGGAUCGUGAUAGCUAGGCCAGGUGAACGAGUCACUAUGUGGAAACGAGCAACUUCGGGCCAAUUUCGAUUAAUUCGAUUCAGGUCUGAUCGCAAUAAUCAGUGACUCGUUAUCUUUAUCCACGAAUGCCGCCACUUUGGACGCGAUACAAACAAAAGUUCAACUUGUGUUCCGUUGUGCAAACAAAAGAGAACGAACUGACUAAAGCACAAUAGUUGAAAGGACUAAAAAAUUAUGAGUGUACUAAAAUUCCGGAUGAAACGAUGAAUACGUUAGAAUAUGUGUUCAGAAAUAAUUCAAUUGUUAAUGGACUAAUUUUCCACGCGAAGAUAUCCGUAGAAUUGUGAAGAAAGAUUCAAUGCAUCGUAGAACACAACGGAUUAAACGAAACUAUAGUGUUUUGUGUCUAACGCAUAAUGGUGCAGUCUUUGUACGUGUUUCGAUAAUGUCUUUCUUUUCAUAUGCAUACAAUAUUGUUCUUUCAUCAUUCGACAAAACAUUUCUUUGUUGUUCGAUUGAAAUGAACAAGUCGUUUACGUAAGAGGAUACAACGAUUAAGAAUUAGGUACAAAUAUAAAUGGGAUGUUAAUGAUUAAAACAUUAAAUUCUUGUCAGGAUAUGAUAAGAGCUGCUAUACAGCGAUUAAAUUAAUAAAACAAAAACAUUAAAUUACGAUUUUAAAUUACUACUUAGAAGCGAUUGAUCGAUGAACAGCAAAAAAAAAUUGUGUCAAGAGACGAAAUUGUUAGAAGAAAAAAAAAAAAAGAGGAAACGUUUCGCCGCCAAGCGUGUCUUGUUUAUUUAUCACAUACAUAUGUGUGAUUCUUGAUGCAUUUCGAACCACCGAGUUUAAAGUUGUAUCUACUACACAGAUACAAAUUCUGUUCACUUUUUUCAGAGCAGUUUGUUAAUUGUUAUGAACAAAGUACACGAGCGUGAAUCAACUAUAGAAAAAUACUGUUGUCAAUAAUUUUGUUACUUUCUGACAACAAAAAUGAUCCAAUUCAUUCGUUCGUUCAUUCAUUCAUUCAUUCAUUCAUUCUGUUGUAAAUGUUGAUUGUACUUUCCUAUCAAUGAAUUUUGUAAUAAAAAUCACUUUUGUACAGAAA